AUGGAAUUAAAACAUGCCAUAAACGGAAGCAUGUUAAAACUUCGCCUGCAAAUGACGGCGUUGACCACACUGCUAGCAUGUGCUGUGCCCUUUGACAGUCGAGGGCUGAGUGCCAAGCCCAGGGUAGGUAUGGCAAGUACCCAGUUGCAGGUGGGCAGAGCAGGUGUCGAGGAACAGAUGGGUGAAGGAAGCGUGGAGGCGGAAGUGGGUGUGGUGGUGGGUCGGGUGGUCCAGCACCAUUUUGCUGACUGCCAACUCGUCUUUAUCACUACUACACGACAGUCACCUGCGUUUAAUAGUAUACUCAGACGCCUGAGUGAGGCCCGCGUGGUAGUAGAGGCAGGGACGGUGACCUCCCAGGACCGUCUCCUCCAGGGCCUGUGGAGUGACCGCAAAACAGCCUGCAGGGCGCUCCUCCUAGACGUGACUGUCAGUAACAACUCGACCUCUGCCCUCGAGUUGGUGGAGAUGUCUGGACUGUGGCGGCUGCCGGAGACGGUGGUCAUAGCCAUAGGUGGGAGGACGGGGGUGAGGGCCGUUCUCCUCCACCACAGUCUCCGCAACACUGUCCACGCCGUCUACCUCGCCCUCAACCACAACCUCAACCACGUCCUCCACCACGGCAAAUUCUACGCCCCUCUACUACAACAAAGAUAUUUCCACCUCAAGAAUAGUCAUGUUGAAGAGUCACCGGCGAGCGACGGCGUCCAGGUGUACCGUCGGUGUCUGUACUGCGGCAACGGGGAGGCGGACGUUCAGCUGGUGACCCAAGACUUGGACGUCGUCUCCAGUAUUCCACAACUUAACGGUCUUUUCCCGGACCAGUUCAAGGAUUUCAUGGGUCAUAACUUCCAUGUAGUGUCGGUACCGUACUUCCCUUACGUAGACUACCAGGAUACUAAUGUGUCGGGAGGCACGAUAACCCUGGUCGACUCUCUGGACGCCCGCCUACUGGACACUUUCUCUCCCAAAUUGAACUUCACCUACGAGACGAGAGUGGGGGCGGAAAGAGCGUGGGGCCGAGAGGACGGAGGGAGGUUCAGCGGGAUGAUGGGUCAGCUGCAGCGGGAAGACGCCGACUUCUGCACCAUGGCGUCCAUGACCACACAGCGCCUCACCGUCAUGCAGCUCGCCAGAGCCUAUGAGUCCGAUAUUCUGACUUUAAUAUCCCUCAAGCCCGCGCUGCUUCCCGAAUACCUGUCCUUCGUACGACCAUUUACAGGAGAGCUGUGGGCGACGCUGAUGGUGAGCGUGAUGGUGUGGAGCACCAUACUGUGGCUGCUGCGGAGGGCGUGGCAGUGGGUGGCUGGAGGGCGUGUGGACACCUUCACCGACUCCUUCAUGUACGGAUGGGGCGCCCUUCUGGGCCAGUCGCCUCCCAGGAUCUCAUUCACCAAUUCAGGAAAGGUGCUGGUGGGAGGCUGGUUGGUGUUUUGUCUGGUCAUUACAACAGGCUACAGCUCCUCCUUGGUGGCACACCUCACCAUCCAGAGCAAGACUCACCCCUUAGACACUUUUGAAGACAUGGUUACACGACCUGGCUGGAAAUGGGGCAUCGAGACAUGGAUACUCAAAGGCGUGCCCUAUGAUUACUUGUCCAAACACACAAGCCCCGUCGUGAAGAAAGUCUACAAGGAAAUGGAGGUGCUGGAGCUGGACCAGGGGCUGACCAAGGUGCAGGCUGGUAGGUACGCCUACAUCAGCAUGAAGAACCACUUGACUGUAGUGGUUCCUUCACUCUACGCUGACGCCAGAGGACAGAUUCCCUUCUACAUCAGCCAGAGUGGAGUCUACUCCCUGCCGGACUAUGGUUGGGGAUUCAGAAAGGGAGCACCAUUCUACACCAGGUUCAGUACCCUAAUGGCCCGGCUGGUGAACACUGGGAUAAUGGGCGUCUGGACCAACGAUGUAAUAGCCAAGAAGAUCAGACAGACGAGGGCAGGAGCGUCUUCGGCCACCCUGGCAGGACAGGACACUCCCAAGGCCGGUUUAUAUCUUAAGUCAACUGUUGAGAUAUCUUUUUAA